GUGAAAGGAUGAUCAGCUAUUUUUAUCUUCGAGUAAAAAAUUUUAAUAAUUGAAAUGAGCUGUACAGUGGCCAGAGUGUCCCAUAAAGCUGAAAAGAACUGCUUCAUUGUCUUACCAAAAGAGUUAUGCAAAACAACGUUAGCCACUGAAAGGAUACAGGUGUAUGAAGUACAGUUUGGCAGGGAUGAACAUGCUUAUUUUACUGCAGCUACGGAGACAGGAUACAAAGAUGCAGAACUUCAAGUGAAUGGAAUUUAUGCUGACAGACUUGGACUGAAGGAUACAGAGGUAUUGGUUAGACCUAUUAGUGCCGUGUCAAACUCACAGAAAGUUUUUAUAGAACCACAGUCAGUUGAUGAUUGGGAGAUAUUGGAGCGGCAUGCUCAGUAUGUUGAAGGAAACUUGAUGAACCAGAUCAGAGUUGUCUGGAAGGGACAGGUGUUUCCUUUCUGGGUAGACAAAAACGUACUGUUUUUAAAGAUUAGUUUAACAGAACCAAAUGAAAAUUGUGUGAUUUUGCAUGAUGAUACAGAAGUCAACAUCUCUCCUAAAGUAAGGAAUAAUCCCAAUGGACAAAACCUUAACCAGUCCAGUAUCUCAACAGAUUCUGUCAGAAAGUCAUUAUCCCCCAUUAGAAGGAACACUUCACCAAUCGUUCCAAGAAAAGCUACCUCUGUGCAAUCACGUCCUACAAGCUUUAGUACUAACAAUAUCAUGCCAAAUGAAAUUAGACCAAAGAAAAGAUCAAGUUGGAAUCCGUUCAAAAUUGUAACUGGUUUUCUUUCUGCAACUGGUGGUUUUGAUGGUGGAACUCAUUUCUAUGUUCCACAGACAUCUGUGGAUGAUGAAGAGGGAUGUGGGAAUGUUUCUAGGACUCCCUCAGUUUCUCCUGAAAGGAAGGAAAGUUUCACCAGAGGUACAUGUUUUGGAGGCUUGAAUUUUAAAUUUAGAGUGCAAUCUUUGAAGGUAGAUUUUGACUCCAAUGAUGAAAUGUCAUCAAUAGAAUCAGAAAUUGAUGGUAUUUCAGAGGAUGACUUUCGUUCAAAACUUUAUCUCAAACAACCAAACAUUGUGUUUGUAAACAGUGAAGACAUCCAACAACAGAUUAACAGUAAAAACAUCAGACUCCCUGAUAUUUUCUAUGCAAAAUUAACUAGGCUAGAUUCACCUAAAGAUAUUUAUGCUAGAGCAGAAGAGGACUUAGCAAAACAGAAGAAAGAAAAGCAAGAUAAAUUAGACCAGUCCUCAGACUCAAUUAAAUCUAAUAAAAGUGAUAGAAAGGAUAAACAGCUGAACUGUAUUGUCCGUGUUGUGAUAUUGACCAAGAAAGGUCUACAUUCUGAGCCAGAAUACGUAGAUUUGAUAGCACACAUGUUAGAGGAACAGCCUUGUUUGAGAGGACAUGUGAUUGUUCCAGAUUUAUUACGGCGGUUGAUGAAGUUAGACGUGACACGACAGAUUUGGUUACAGAGUAUAGAUGUAGAACCAUAUCCAGCCCUGGCAUUUGAUCUCCAACCUGUUACUAGUCUUCCAAGAAAUGUGUCAAAUUAUAUGGUACAAGAAACAUUUAAGAAAUGGGUAAAGGAAACAAGUUCCAGAAAUAUUCCUUUUGUAAUGUUUCCUGGGGUCAUGAUAAAUAUGCAUGUUUUCAAAGAUAUAAGUAUAGACAUGCAGAUAUUAUUUCAUGAACAGAAAUUAAAUGAAAGAGAGGCUGCAGUGUACAGUUUGUUGCAUAGUAAUAAUCUAGAGGACUUGUCGUUCUUUAUUAAAACUCCUGUGAGCAUAGACAAUGCAAAAUGGCCAAUACUUCCUAUGUUGUCUUAUAUGGAUGUCAAAAGUUUUGAUCCAUGUUUUCCAAAGGAGAAGUUUGAGGACAUGGGUGGAGUAGAAGAACUAGCUGAGGAGGCAAUUAAUUCAGUAGAGAUUUGCUUGUCUUCAAAACCACUUGGGGAUUCCAUGUUUAGGAAGAUAACUCCUGGUCUCAGAAAUGGAAUGAUCCUGAUUACUGGACCAAAGGGAUCUGGGAAGACCAUGUUUGCUCAUGCAUUAUGUAGGAAGCAGGCAGAGAUACCAAACUUAGCUUAUAUUUUAAAUAUUGAUUGCAAACCUUUACGAGGUAAAAGACCUGAUACCAUACUUAAGAUUUUACAGAUGGCUUUUGAUGAAGCUGCUUGGCGCCAACCCUCUGUAAUAUUAUUGGAUGAUUUAGAACAUGUGGUGCCAGCCCCUUCUGGACCUGAGGCUGAAAUGAGUGGUGAAGCUAUUUAUGGAUCUAGGGUAGCUGAAGUAUUAAGGGAUUUACUAAGGAGAGAAAUCUGUGAUGGGACAAGAAUUGCUGUGAUUGCCACCACGGUUGCUAGAACUUCUGUCAAUUCCUUAUUGGUGAACUCUAGAGGAACUCAUUUUGUACAGACCACUCUUGCCAUUAAUCCACCAGAUAAGAUAAGAAGAAGGAAGAUUAUUACCUCCAUUAUUAAUUCACGACCCGUAAUUAAUCCAGUCACCUUGGACAAGAUUGACCUUGACUGGUUACAGUGUCGUACAGAAGGAUAUGUAGCUAGUGACCUCAUGAACUUAGUCAGCAGGGCAUUGCAUGCUCAUUGGUUAAAAUAUGGUUAUGGUGGAGAUACAGAUAAUGGAAUAACCCUCUACACUGAUGAGUUCAAAGCUGCAAUAGAAGGGUUCACCCCUGCAUCAAUAAGGAAUGUAUCUUUACAUACAGCAGGGGAGCUAGGUUGGGAUGAUGUUGGAGGUCUAGAGGAUAUAAGAAGUAUACUAGUAGAGACAUUACAGUGGCCGAGCAAGUAUCCUAAAUUAUUCAGCAAUUGUCCAUUGAGACUAAGGUCAGGUCUGCUGUUAUAUGGUGCACCUGGAACAGGCAAAACACUCCUAGCUGGAGUUGUAGCUAAAGAAUGUGGACUCAAUUUUAUAAGCAUUAAGGGACCAGAGCUGCUUAAUAAAUACAUAGGGGCUAGUGAACAGGCUGUAAGAGAUACAUUUCUUAGAGCCCAGAGUGCCAAACCAUGCAUACUUUUCUUUGAUGAAUUCGACUCAAUAGCUCCCAGACGUGGCCAUGACAACACAGGGGUAACAGAUCGAGUAGUUAACCAGUUACUGACACAAUUAGAUGGUGUGGAAGGACUUCAAGGUGUGUAUGUUUUAGCUGCCACCAGUCGGCCAGACCUUAUAGAUCCAGCUCUUCUCAGACCUGGCAGAUUAGAUAAAUGUUUACGUUGUAACUUACCAGACCUUAAUGAAAGGAAAGCCAUACUUAAAGCCUUAACAAGGAAAAUAACAUUGGGAUUUGAUGUAGAUUUGGACAAUUUUGCAGAGCAAUGUGAAAACUUUACUGGUGCUGAUUUCAAAGCACUUCUCUAUAACGCUCAGUUAGAAGCCAUUCAUCAUGUGACAGGACAAGCAAAGAGAGAUAAUUUGGACUUUUCACCUCAAAAGAGCCCUAGUUAUCUUAGAACACGAAGAAGAAGCAGUAGUUAUGGGUUUCUAGCAAAAGCAGCCGAAUUGGAACGAGAACAGAAACAGUUUAAAUCUGACUUCAUUUACAUGAAGAAUCUGAAUGAAGGUGCUACAGAAUUAUCAGAAGAAAUGGAUGAUCUUUUAACCCAACAGGUGCAGCAGAUUAGAAACAGAUUGAAGGUCCACAAAAAUACAGAAAAAGUAACAACUGCUGAAAGUCUGUUUUCACCUGUGGCCACCUCCAAAGGUCAAGCUAUACUGAUAUCACAGGAUGAUAUAAAGAAAGCUCUAGAUAAGACAAGACCCUCAGUUCCUGCUGAAGAGAGACUUAAAUACCAAAAUAUUUAUGAGAACUUUGUUUCGUCACGAGGUGGUAAUUUCGCUCAAAACAUCAUGGAUGCUGCAGGACAAAGACAAACAUGUGCAUGAAGAAUUGUUAUUACAAAUAUUUGGGAAAAAAGAAGCUUUUGAAAGGAUAGUACAUGGCAAGUGUAACUUCUCUGGUGCUACAUGAGAAAAAAAAUAUUUUUCAUGAGAACAGCUGACUUUGUUAGAACUAAAUUGUUGAAAAUUUCAUUGCAGGACCUGCUGAUUGUUUCUUUAUUAUUGCCUAUCUUGACCAUUAUAAAUCAAUAGAAUGGCCAAACUAUUGGAAAUAAAGUAUGGCAGAACAGUUCUCUGUGAUGUACAUGCCAAAUUUAUUUCUUUUGAGCACUAUGGCCAUAAAAAAGUUUUGGAACUGGUAGCAACGAGAAAUGUUUAUUUUUUAUUUUCAGAAUAACUAUGGAAUUACAUGAGGUAUAUGUGUAAACAGUUUAUAGGUUGCAACUACUUAUGUCGUGUACUUAACUCAAACAAUUGUUACAGACUUGCUUAGUUAUUUUUGGAGAGCUAAUUUUUGAACAUUUAGUGUAUCAUGAUCACAUACAGAAAGAUAUGUAUUUUGUUGGGGUUGAUUGACUUUCUUAAGUAAACUUCGGACUUGGAAAAUUAAAAAAAAAAUGACUAUUUUUUAAAACCAGCUCUGAAACUCAUUUUUUGUACAUAAGUGUAUAAGGAUAUCUUUCAGAUUAAGUUUGUGUUUUAUUCCAGUUGACAGAUACUUGCAUAAUUUAAGUGUGAAUUUUAUUCCUGUUUAUUAGCAUUUGUUAAGUCUUUCUCUUAAACAUUAUUGUGAAAAUUAUAUUUGUAUGAAAUCCUUCCAGUAUGCCUUGAGGGAUUCAUGACUUCUGUUUUUUAACAUGAACAUUUUGUGAUAAUGUAAUGGCAUUUUUGAAGUCAUGAACACAGUGUUGACAGUGUAUGAACUAAGUAAACCUCACCUUUCAUAUGGAUUCCAGGCAAUUAGGCUGCAGGCCCCAAACCCCAACUCCUCCUGGGCAUUUUACUGAUAUAUGUAUGUUCAACUAAACAUAUAUUGUAUUCUUUCUAAACAGUUCCUAAAUAGGGAGCAGCAUGAUUUGUUAUAAGUAUUUGAAAGGUUAUACAAAAAAUUCCUAUUCUUCAUUAUAAACUCGGUUUGCUUUGCAUUUUUUCUGUAAUCUUUGGACCUGAUUCUAAUGAAAUCCAACCAGUGAGCAUAGAAGUAUGAUAUGCAAGUGAUCUCCAUUAGCAAUCUUUGUAUGUGUCUAUUGUUGACAACUUGCAAGAAACUCUUCUCAGCUGAUGGAGAGGAAUGAGUGCCAUUUAUAUUCAAUUUAUGAAAUAUAAAUUGAACAAUUUAUAAUUAUGAAAUAAAAGAAUGAAAUCCACUUUAUUAAUUACCUUCAGUCUGUGUUUUAAGAAAUAUAGCAUUUAUUGCUUAUAAUGCCUUUCUAAAAAUCAGUAGAUGUUGAUAUAAAUUAUUGUAAUGCAUUUUAUUUAUUGCUGUUGAUUAUUUUAAUUUUUAAGUUUGAAUAAUUUUGAUACAAACAAAUUGAAAUAAAAUUGGUUAAAAAUGAA